AUGACUCGACCUGUUCUUUUUGGAUGCCUAACAAGAUGGUCCAUAUUUUUUUACCAAUAUGAGAUCAUAUACACACCUCAAAAGGCUGUGAAAGGACAAGCACUCAUCGAUUUUCUAGCUGAUCACCCUCUUCCGGUGGAAUGGGAGCUUUCUGAUGAGUUUCCAGAUGAAGAUAUUUUGUUCGUUGAAGAAUCGCCACGAUGGACAAUAUUCUUUGAUGGAUCCGCAUGUCGGAACGGUGCAGGGGCAAGUGUUGUGUUGAUCUCUCCAGAAAGACCAGUCUUGCCAUUCUCCUUUGUUUUAGGUGAAACAUGCUCCAACAAUGUUGCAGAGUACCAAGCUUUGAUCAUCGGUCUUGAAAUGGCAUUAGACAUGAAGAUUCUACAGUUGGGGAUUUACGAUAUAAAGAAGGAAGAUCUUUUGCCAUACCACCAAUAUGCUUCUUGUUUACUCGAAAGAUUUGACCAAUUGCUCUUAAACCACGUCCCAAGAGAAGAAAAUAGCAUGGCUGAUGCUUUGGCUAACUUGGGCACGACGAUGGCACUUGGAGAGAAUGAGUCAACAAAGAUACAUGUGUGUCAUCGAUAG